CUUGAUGUGAAGACACGAAAUCCAACCUCCUUAUUGAAUCUAGUACUAUUUCUUAGGCACAUUGAGCGGUACAAUCGCUGUAAAAAAAUUUACUGGGUGAAAUUCUGAUCUACACUUACCCGUAUCUAUAUCAGUUGUUUACAUUUUACCCGGUUUGUCGGGAGGCGUGCGAACUGGUAUUACGUGUCAAUAUUUUGGUUUAUAAUUUAAGACUUUGUUUAAAUUAUGAUGACGUGUAGAGAGUAACCAGAGCACCAAAAAAACAAUGGGAAGUGGCAACAGCCAGCUUUCAGGCAUAGACGUUGAUGAAAAACCUGUCCAUGUAACUGACUGCUGGACACAUUAUUCUGCUACUGUUAACGCUGAAAAUUCUUCCUUGUCAAUAUUCAUUGGACCUGUAUUAAACGAUGAUUUGGGUAAACUUGAAAAUGAUUUAUUGAAGAAAAGUGCCAAGAACCUGAUGUUGUACCGCCACCCGUGCAUACUGAAGUUUGUGGGAACGUGGAGCAAGCACGGACGCGUGCACUUGGCGACGGAGAGUGCCGUGCCUCUGGCGCUGGGCGACCAGACCGCGCUGCAAGCGUGCAUCGGCCUGCACCGCGUGCUCAGGGCACUCGUGUUCCUGCAUCAGACGGCUCAGGCCUCACACAACAAUGUGUGCAGUGCUUCCAUUUACGUGUCUGCAGAUGGAACAUGGAAGCUAGGAGGGCUUGAGUAUCUCUGUCGUUUUUCAGACCUCACCACUAAAUACCUCCAAGAAAUAAAAGGGCAUCGCUGUGAGAAAAAUAUUGCACCAGAAGAGAACACAAAAUCAUUUUCACCAUCGGAGCUACCAACGUCCAUCGACCAAUAUGCUUUUGGCUGUCUUGCAGAAGAAUUGCUUGUGGACAAGACAGGGGACAUCCCAGGACUGGCGGAGUUCAAGGAGCUGUGCAAGAAGCAGUUGCAGCAUGCGAACCCCUCGGAGAGGCCCCAGCUGUCGUCCGUCCUGUCACACCCGCUGUUCGGACACGGCUUCAUCAGGAUCCACAGUUUCCUGGAGGAGCUGCCGUUGAAGAGCAGGGAAGAGAAGGAGUGUUUCUUCCAGUCGGUGGUGGACGAGCUCCGGUGCUUCCCGGAGGAGCUGGUGGGUGCGCAGCUGGGCGCGCUGCUGUUGGCACGGCUCGUGCUGCUGGACACGACCGCCCAGAGGCGGCUCCUGCCCUUGGUGCUCCGCCCCAACACAGAGGCGCAGCAAGGCCUGUUCUCGCUGGAGACGUACAGGAAGUACGUGGUGCCGAGGCUGCUGCAGAUGUUCUGCGUGCGUGAUGCGCAGGUGCGCAUGCUGCUGCUGGAGUACUUCCCUCAGUUCUGCCAGGUGUUCCUGGACGACGAGCUGAAGGACCGCGUCCUGCCUGAGUUGCUGGUGGGUGUCAAAGACACGAACGACUGCCUCGUCAGCAUGACGUUGCGUGCCCUGGCAGAGCUGGUGCCACGUCUCGGAGCUGCCAGAGUGGUUGGUGGGAAGCGCGCCAAAUUAUUCACAGAUGGUCGGCCCAAGGUGCCAACUGCGGCAAUGCCAGUCUCGAAAGCAGUGAAGUCUCCUUCAAGAGAGAAAUGUGCUGUCCCGAGCUCGAAGCCAGACACAGACAGUGCAGCAUCAUACGAGACACUGCCGGAGCGACCGUCCCCAGACGGUGGGGAAGACCACUCAACCACGGACGAAGAAGUGGAGGCAUGGUCCGACUGGGAUAAUGAGGUAGCUGGAGAUGACGCACAGCAGCUACAACCUCCCAACACAAGGCCUGCCACCCUCACAGACAUAUCCACGCUGGACAUCAAGAACUGUGCAGUGGUUAGUGGUGACAGAGAAGUAGACUUCUUCCAAGACAUGGAGCCUGUUAUCUCCAGGACCAAAGUGCUGCGGGUGGUUGAUGCUUCCACGCGAAGCAAGUUUGAAGUGUCCGUGGCAGGUGAAGAGGAUGGCUGGGGUGAUGAACUGGAUGACUGGGGUGAGCUUGAGGGGGAUCCGAAGGAAGGGUGAACCAGGCUUCAUCUGAUCUACCUCGCUGGGUACACCACAUGGAUGACAUUGUGAUCUUAAAUGAGAUCAGCACGAUGGGUGAACCUGACUUCCUCUAGUAUACUUCUUUGGGUACAUGACCUGGAUGGCUGGGAAAGCUUGAGAGAGAUCAGCACGAUGGGUGGACCAGGCUUCUUCUCAUGUACCUUGUUGGGUACGUGACCGUGACGGCUGGGGCAAACUUGAGCGGAUCAGCAGGAGUGAACCAGGCUUCCUCUCAUGUACCACGGGUAGAUGAUCUGGGCAGCUGGGCAUCAGCAUGAUGGUGAACCAGCCUUCCUCUCAUGUAUCUUGCUGGGAAAACCACAUGGACAGCUGGACUGAGCUGGAGGGAUUAGCAUGAAAGGUGAAUGAGUUUUGUCUUUUGUAUGUGGCCAGUGCUACUGCAAGCCUGCAUGUAUUGGCAGAUUUUCUAUCAUGAGCAAUGAAUUUUCAUAAUUUUGCAAGUCAACUUGGAGUAUAACCAUAUUAUUGGCAAAGAUAGUACAAAAGUAGAAAAUGUAGUGUGAAUGUAGAAUAAAUGAAUGUAAAUAUAGAAGUUAUAACACACUUGUUGUGUGUCUGUAAAGAUUGUUAGCUUGAUGAUAAAGACUUUAUUGGGCACUGAAGCAUAGGCUAGAACACAAUAUUCAAUUAUUUCUUAGUUAAUAAACAUGUGUUUACAGAUACUUGCUAUAACUAACACCGAUAGAUAAGAAAUGUAUGUUCUGGGACAGGCGCAAGAUUCAGGAUUCAAUAUGCAAAUUAGCCUGGGGGAUAGGAGGGUGCAGGCAAGGGGGAUGUUUCUAGUAGAAGUUCGUACUAACCAGACAGAGACGGGUGUAAAGAUGGUGUCUGCCAUUUGGGAUGAUGCGACCAGUGGUUCUAAGCUUCUCUACAAGAAAGUGCUAGUGGCACUGUGUUGUAUAGUUUUAAAAUAAACCAAUUGCAAGCUGUGGGUUUCAAACCAUGGAAGGUGGUAGGCAAUGUUAGAUUUGAAGGCAGAGACCUUGCCAACUACGCUGAAUGACCAAAUAUUGAAAGAGUAAUUAAAUAAAGUAGUUAACAUUAAAUGAGAGGACCUUGAGUUUGUGUUAAAUAUGUAAAUAACCCCAGAAGGAAGGAGAGAUAUCAAGUUUGUGUAGAUUUCUUUCACGUGGAUGCAUAUACUUCUUGCAGUAUUAAUGUCAAAAGUAUGGUUCUCACUUGGCUUGUGCGAAUACAAUUUUUUUUUUUUUUUUUUUUCAUUUGAAUUGAAUUUCAAAUAGCACAUCACAAUAUUCUUGAAAAACAAAUAUUUUUCAGGAGUCCAAAAAAAUUUAUCUAAAAUACAGUAAAAUAAAAAAUAAAAAAAGAAGAAUAUACUUGGAACCACAAAAUAGAGGUUUAAAAUUAAGGAAAAUGAAGGAAACGUGGCAAACAAUUUUCUUAAACCAGUCAAAUUUAAUUUUUGAAAAUAGUUUUGUUUAUAUAACUGAUUAUAUAUAUAUAAAAUAGAUCAUUAUUUAUAAUUUUAUAUUGUUAUCAUUGAUUUGUAAAUACAAAAAAUAAAAACAAUGUGUGAAUAAUGUUGCUGCUUAUAAUGUCAAAGUUUUUAAGUCCCAACAUUUCCCCCGUAAGAAUACUGUAUUUAUUUCCUGUGUAUAAUAUUUUCUUUCUUAAAUUCUGUUGGAUUGUAAAUUGUUUAAACCUUAACUUGACUCUAGUGGUGAAUCCCUACUCCUGUUUUUUUUCCUGUGUCCGGUUAGAGUGUGUGUAUGUCACGGCCAUUGCCGUUUGUGUGAUGUUUAUCAUGUGUAGUAAAAAAAAAAUCGGUACUUAUUGACCAACACAUUAUUACCUAAACUGCACACAUCUUACAAAGGUUAUGGGCUUAGGUGAAUCAAUCAGUGUGGAAUAAUGAGUUCGGUUGACGCGGGAGUGCAGAUAUUAUUAAUAUUUCACAUUGUGGUGUCAUGGAAUUGACCAGUCUGUCGUUCAUGGAAAAACUGAAAUAUCUUGAAAACUGCGCAACAUGGAAAUUUCAUAUGAAAGCUUUGAAGACCAGUGGGAUGACAUCCAAGGAAACAUCAAGGUAGAUGAAGCGAAAGAGAGAGAUCGCAAGGCAUUAGCCAAUAUUUCAUUAUUGUUAGAGAGCAUUUAAUCCACCACACUGAUAAUUGUGAAACAUCAAAGCAAGCAUGGGACAAGAUCCAAACACUAUUUGAAGAUUCUGGCCUCACUUGGAAAGUCAGAUUGUUGCGCCAAUUAAUCUUGACUAGCUUAGAUAACUGCAAAUCAGUUGAAGACUAUGUGAAUAAAAUAACUUUAACAGCCCAACGCCUAUGUGAUAUUAAGUUUGAGAUAUCUGAUGAAUGGGUUGGGACUUUAUUCCUAGUAUGUCUCCUGGAAGAGUAAAACCCAUGAUAAUAGCCUUGGAGAGCUCAGGAAUUCCAAUUACAACUGAUGCCAUUAAAAUCAAAUUCCUACAAGAAGUAAAAUCUAGUUCAAGCCAAUUCCGAUCAUCCAAUAUCGAUACAACACUCUACAGUAAUUGAUCAUCAUGGAACAACAAACAAAGCAAACCCCAUAUAGCCCAGGAAUUUUAGAGUUUAACCCGGAAAAAAAUAUUAUAAAGCUGCAAAUUUGGUCAUUAGUACUAAUCACCUUCCUGAACAACAUAUUGAAUUUCCCCUAUUCUCCCGUGCCGGCGUCCAUGUUUUUUUCGGGCAAGAAUGUCUUAAGUCGCAAAAAUCGACACACAGGCGAAAUUGACUCUUCAGAAAUUAAACCCAAGAAUAAAUACUCUUCUAUAUAUAUUUUGUUUCAUCGUAAGAUUAUACUGAAUAGCUGUAAAUAUUCAAUUAGUAAAUUAAAUACAUUUUAAGCAUUGUUAAAGCGAUUAUCUUUCAAGAAUUUCUUGAAAAAUUAUCAAAGUUACAAAUAAACUGACUCUGAGAGUAUAAAUUAAGCCAGAUAGCUAAAAAGUGGUUUCUACAAUCAAUAUUUGCUACAGUUUUCUUUUUCCAAUGGUGUAUUAUUCAUUUUCAUGGGAUGGUUUGUUUAGGAGAUACGGCCGCCUAAACAAUAGCGCGCAUCGUGGCGUGCUUCGUCAAGUGCAAUUGCGAGUCUACAUAAUCUAUGUAAGUGUAAGCUAGUUAUAAUAUUCAAGUAACAUUCAGUUACACGCAUAUUAUAAGUAUGUUAAUCAUGUUUACAUAAUUUAUAUAAAUGAUUUGGACUGUUAUGUUAUGCGACACCUAAACUGAAACAACACUAUUUUGAUUCCUAAUUCAGUUUUGUUUUAAUUAAUUUCAAAAUAAAUAACUUAUGUUAGGCCUAUGGUAAUAUAUUUUUUAGCACAGCAUUUACUAACAUAAAUUAAUUUUAUUAAAACUGGAAUAAUGUUUUCUUUGUUAAUAAAACCCUCUCUUAAUUAUAUGCAAAGUAGUAAUGUUUUCAAUCUUUUCUACAACUCUUUCAUUAAGAAUUAUAAACUAAAAAAAAGGAAAGCAAUUUAUUUGGUUCAUAAAUUAGAAAGUUACAUAUAGAGUAGCUUCCGCUGGGUCAUCUUCGUCGCCAAUUCCAUGAAAAUCUUGAAUUUCUAUAUUCAUGCAGCUCCUCCUCUACAAUGUCCACACAUCGUCGAACAGGCCUAUCCAGCACGCCUGUACAUUCAGUUACAUUCUCAGUGUAUAGUUGAAAAAAAUUACCUGAUAAUAUGCCCGCAGUGAAUGUUCUGCACAAACUGCACUUGUUGGUGGCAAUGUCGCUAGUUCAAAGGCUGCCGUAAAAGACUGCUUAGCGAUGGAGCGUGUAUACUGAAUUACUCUGAGUUCAUCCAAACUGGUGACAUUUUCCCCACCGUACAGAGCUAUGACGAAUUUCUCUCCAGCAGCACAAACCUCCUCUUUCGUAGACUCUGGACUGUUGAACACUUGUGCAAGAUAGACCAUUUCAGGUCUCUGGAGAAUUUUCCAUGCUUUUUUUUUUUACCUUUGCCAAAGAAAGCAGAUGUUGUGUCACAACCAGUAACUGCAUGACAGAAGAGGACAUUAUCCUUGCUGUUUCUGAUAUGUUCUUGAAUUUCCUUCACAUGAUACACUUUGUCACAUUUUGUAUUCAUACCUGGACUAAGGAUUCUAAGUCCAUGUCAUCAGUGGCGUGGGCUAACAGCAUGACUACAAUGUCUGUCUCAGAUGCAACAACUGUGACAUUGUUUCCCAAUGAAACCAGCUCAAGCGCUUUCUUCACAAUAAGAGUAUCAGCAUCGCCCUCAGAAUUGCACACUUUGAUUCCUGCUGUUUCGAAAUGGUGGGCCAACAAGGUGAUCAGUCGUUCCUUGUUGUGAUGGUUACUUAGGAAAUCAGCUUGUGUUGUGCUCGCAGAUGUUUUCAUGUCAAACAUAAAUUCAGCAGAUGUCCUUUUAGAAGCACGCCGAAUAUGUUCUUGUGAUUUUGUAGACAGAACAUUGUAGCCAUCAAAUACAACAGUCACAUAUUCUCUAUAACGUUUCUGCACAAAUUGUAAGUAUGCAUCCACUAUUUGGCCAUAUGUAGCAGGACGUGGCCAAACCAGAGCAUGAAGUAGAUCACCAUCAAUUACUAUUCUUCUUGGGUCGGUUGUGGAGUUUUCCUCAGGUGUUGUGUAGGAGAACAACUGUAAGAAAGCUGAUUUCACUGUUUUACGCAUUCCCACUUCAUUCAAAAAGAGCAGGAGGUCUUGGAGAAAGUUCAUAACUGAGAUAGUGUUUGAGAUCAUUCUCAGUCUUCAUGACACACACUAUCCGCAUAAAGAGCUGGUGAGAAUUUACCUCUACAACAUCAUCACAUAUCAAAAUGCUUCGAGACACUGCUGAGAGAGUUUUGACUCUGUUUUUAUGUGUAAGUUUAACUUCACCAAAUGUCGAGCCUAUUGUAUGUUUUAUAGCACCGAAACCAACAUAUUCUGCUUGAUCACAGUUAAUACUAUCAUCUCCUACAACACCAGAUGCAAGUGAUCGCAAGCAGUCUGCAUUCCAAGGAGAGUGUUGCUUAAGCCAAGACAAUAGUACAGCAACAUCACGAGCAUCUCUGGUUUUGCGUGAAUCCCUUACUCAACAUGCUGUUCAGAUGAUCCAGCUUUGAUGCCAGGAAGCUCCUCCAAGGCAUUCUACAACUUCAAGCAUACAGGAAAAGCAGCUACAAAAUAUGCAAGUGUACUUUCUGUUAUUCCACGUCCUCUUGUAAGGCCCCCUUGAGUUUUGAACACACGCAUGAGAUCCUGCUCUAUCGACAUGUCUUUCCAUACGCCUCCCCAGAACUCUUACUUUCUUCGUACAGUAAAGAAACUUUGUGAUGUAAAUUUGUUGUACUCAUUUGGUGGCAUUCGAGAUGGAAGUUCCUCCAUCUGUUGGACAUAUAGGUGAGCUGAUUUUGCGUAGUGAAAGAGUCCAGCAGCAUGCAGGUAUGGCAACAUUGACCGCACACACUGUAAAUGGAGUUCCCAAUCAUGAGACCUUGCAGCUCUAAUAAAAUAUGUCUAAUAUGUCCACCUGCCGCAGGUACUGCACCCAUAACUUGCCAGUACGACUUUGUUCAGACAAUGCUGUGCACUUUCUUUCAAAUGAAGCUAGAAAACUGACUAGCAAAGGUGACUCCACAGCAUCUGGAAUCAUUUUCUCACCACUUAUAACUUCAAGAAAUAGUUUGUGUAAUUCUUCUUGAUACACCGAAAAGCCAUUUUCCAUUCCUAGUAUCAUAGUAAUCAGGGCCUGAGAAGUUAACAUGUGUGCUCGCACAGCUCUAGAAAUUGCAUGGCCUGAAAUCAUGUGUGUUACUGAAGAUUUAGCAUAAACUUGCAUCCACAGCUCUUCUAUGCCACUCCCAUUCAUUAUGAAUCCAACAGAACCCAUGUAACUGACGAGGAGAGGAAUCCACCAAGCCGAAGAGUUACACUAUCCAGUUCCCCAGGAGGUACAGCUGCGAUAAUUUAUGAUGCCUUUGCAUAAAGUGGCUGAUCACAAGUAACAAUACAGCUACCCUGAUUGUGGCAUUUAAACUCCUCAGCUGCAAAAAUAAGUGCAGUAUAAAUAGUACUGUGAUUUGAUGGUUCUCAAUUUAUAAAUGGCACUGCCUCGACUGCAGUGAUGCACCAACUAAUUUCCCCUGUGUGUAUACAGCUUCGCAUAAAACGAUAAAACCAUUCCAAGAUGAUGCUUAAAACUCUUAUAACCAUCUAGCAGAGGUCCAAAGUACAUCUAAUGCAAUAGCAUUUUUCACAGACCGAGCUGUAGCAUCAGACACAGUGGCUAGCUCGCGAAUGCUACUGCCCUUGAGUCCUGGCAAUGUUGACUUUUUGUAACUGUGAACUUAAGUUUGCCUCUGGCGGCUAUGAUGUCUGCCGAUGGUGGAUGAAGCUGUCUGUUAAUUGUCAUUUAUUCUUGGUUUUGAGCUUUGCAUCUCCCACAGCUGUAUUUUAUAUAAUAAUCAUAACUUUGACAUCACAUUGUUGACAUCACAUUGUUGUACUAUCAAAAUUAGAAUGCUUCGGCAUUAUAAAUUAGUAGCAUACCUUAUAAAUAUUAAUGCAUUGUAGUAUAAAACAAAUUAAUAUUUAGAUAACGGAAAAGUUUUCAUUUGUUGAAUAUAGUUAGUUUUUUUUAUGUUUUGAGUGAUUACCGAACAACCUCAAGGCCUAAAGAGGAACACUAUUAAUUAGGAAAUAGGAAAGUAGUCAGCCAUGGUCUUUACCAGUAUUUGCCUGGAGUAAUUUAAUGAAACCAUGGAAAACCAAAAUGACAAUGGCUCAACCGGGUAUCGAACCUGAGUCCUCCCAAAUGCGAAUCCAACGUAAUGCCGUUGUGGUACCUCACUAUUGACACCACAAUAGUAAUUAAUAUAAGUGCAACACAAUGCUAGGUUUAAAAUUGUAAUAAAUUACCUUACCUGCAUUGUUCGUGCAACUUUAGUGACGACCCGAUCUCUACGAGAGACCGUAAAAAAAGGAUGUUUCCAUCAGCCCUUUGUUCACUGGCUUUAACGAGUCCCAACAAUACUCUUGUUACUGUAGUUAUUUCUUCUUGACCAGGUUCCAGUGUUUUUUUACAAAUCAAACACUCAGAUUGAGUAAUUUCAACUAAUAUUUCAUUUCUAACCACAAACUCACAUUAAGAAAUAAAUAACUCAUUCCAAAGCACCAGUAAAUACGCAACUUCACUUCUGACACGUCCGGACAAAGACUGAAAAUUUAUGUGAGGAGCCAGUCACCGAUCAGUCGACUGUAUGUAAUUGAUAUGGUAGACAGAGACAGCAGCCACGUAUGCAAGUACUGAAAUACGAUGCGUCUAGACAACUGCUGGUGGCGACUCGCGCCAGAACUCGUGAUUACACGACGCGUGCUAUUGUUUAGGCGACCGUAUCUCCUAAACAAACCAUCCCAUGAAAAUGAAUAAUACACCAUUGGAAAAAGAAAACUGUAGCAAAUAUUGAUUGUAGAAACCACUUUUUAGCUAUCUGGCUUAAUUUAUACUCUCAGAGUCAGUUUAUUUGUAACUUUGAUAAUUUUUCAAGAAAUUCUUGAAAGAUAAUCGCUUUAACAAUGCUUAAAAUGUAUUUAAUUUACUAAUUGAAUAUUUACAGCUAUUCAGUAUGAUCUUACGAUGAAAUAAAAUAUAUAUAGAAGAGUAUUUAUGAUUGGGUUUAAUUUCUGAAGAGUCAACUUCGCCGGUUUGUCGAUUUUUGCGACUUAAGACAUUCUUGCUUGAAAAAAACAUGGACGCCGGCACGGGAGAAUAGGGGAAAAUCAGUAUGUUGUUCAGGAAGGUGAAUAGUACUAAUGACCAAAUUUUCAGCUUUAUAAUAUUUUUUUCUGGGUUAGGGUAUUAUUGAGCCUAAAAUUCCUGGGCUAAUACAGCACCUCUCAAAUGCUACAACUUCAUUCGGAUGGGACAUUUUGCUGCAGAUUGUUGUGUCAAGUUAAAGGGGAAUAAAAAAACAAGGGAUAGUGAUUUUGACUAUAAAACAAACAAUGCAUUUUUAGCAUGUAUGCUAACAAACAUGAAAAACAGUGAAACUGAUUGGUAUUUAGAUUUGUAUGCAUCAGUGCAUUAAACAAAAAGUAAGUUAGGGAAUUGUGUGUCUGAAUCUAAGCUAAAAAUCCUAAUGGAAAAAAACAAUCCUCUCAUGACAGAAUCUGUGGGAAAUGUUGAUAUUGAGUUGUGAGUCAAUGACAAGACCAGCCUCAACACAGCCUACGAGGUGCAUCACGCUUCAGACAUCGCAACCAGCCUACUCUCAGUGAGUAAAAUCACAAGCAAAGGAAUUACUCUGAUUUUUCAUAAAAAUGGUGGUAAAAUACUGAACUCAAAUGAUGAACUUACAGCCUUGGCAUCAUUGAAAAUUGGCAUUUAUCAGUUAGAUACAGUGCAGUCUCCUGUGUUGAUAGAGUGAGUGUAUGCUGUCACUUGUGGUGAAGAUCUAUGGCACCGCAGGUUAGGUUAUUUAAACAGAAAAGAUAUGAACUUGUUAAAAACAAUGGCAGAUGGAGUGCAGAACAUGCAGACAAGCAAGGCCUCAUGUGAAGUUUGUGUCAAAGGCAAACAAUCUCGUUUUCCAUUCAAAAAAAAGCAUCUUUAGAGCAGAGGAACCCUUGGAAUUGGUGCAUAUGGACUAUGUGGUACCAUGGAGACCGAAUCUAUUGGAGGCAGUAAGUAUUAAUUUGUCCUCAUAGGUGUAUUUCCUGAGGUCAAAGAAUCAGGUCUGUGAUGUGUUCAAAGAAUACUGUGCACUUAUUGAAUACACAGAAGUGUCACAAAAUAAAAAUCUUAUGCUCAGAUAAUGGGACAGAGUACAUAAACAGUGAAUUCUGCAGUUUCCUGAAAAUGAAGGGCAUUAGACACCAACACACCAUCAGAGCUUCACCACAGCAGAACAGGGUCGCGGUGCGUGCUAAUCGGAAAAUUGUUGAAAAGGUACGGUGCUUAUUACAAGAUGCAGGACUGCCAAAAAUGUAUUGGACCGAAGCAUUAGCGACUUCUGUCCAUCUCAACAACAGGACCCCGACGAAAGCCAUUGAGGAAAGAGAAAGUUCGAAUCAUGGUUUUCAAGGAAGCCCAAGCUCAGUUACCUCAGGAUCUUUAGUUGUGAAGCCAUGGCCCAAAUUCCAAGAGAGAAGUGAAAAAAAUGGGACCCCAAAUCUGAAGUGAUAUUAUUGGUUAUUGUUGGUUGUUGCCUCAUCAAUCCAAUGACUAAACAAGUGACUAUUAGCAGAGACGUUGUGUUCUUAGAGGAAAAUAUGCUCAAUGAAAUGCCAGCAAUGGUGAGAAAGCGAGCCCACCUCACAAACUGUUGGUGAUAAUGAACAACUUAUUUCUCAAGAACCAGAAUCUAAGCAGUACAGGGAAAUCAAUGACUUCGUUGCAGAUUCAGAGGAAGAGUCCUUCAAGGGGUUCACGGGAAAUGAUGACCAUGAAGAAACCUUCAGUUCUCAACUGUUAAAAAGAUCUCAUCGCACACCAAGGCCUAAAGCUGACGAUCCAGAUUUUGUGACUUACUUCUUUGCAGAAAACGAGCCCCUCACAUCAAGGGCAGCUUUGACAAGUCCACAAGCUGCAAAGUGGAGGAAAGCAAUCAAUGAAGAACUAUAAUUUGUUAGUAUUGAAACUUAUGGGUGGAUUGCCUUACCAGAUGGCGCAAAGUCUCUCAAAACAAAAAGUGUGUUAAAAAUUAAAUAUCCGGACUCCAAGGAACCUAAAUACAAGGCUAGACGAGUAGUCAAGGGUAGCAGACAGAAGCUCGGUAUAAACUAUGAGGAAACCUUCUCACCCGUGAUUAAACACACUUCACUAAGAUACCUCUUUGCACUGGCAGUAAAGGAAAACCUUGAGAUAGUGCAUGUGGAUGUGAAAACUGCUUAUAUGCAUGGCCACAUAGAUGAAGUCAUGUACAUGUAACCUCCAGAGGAGCUCGAGAGAAGGCAUGUAUGGACCUAAACAAAGCGGAAGGUGGUGGAAUCAUUGUCUAAACCAAGUCCUUGCAGGGAUGGGGCUAAGACAGUCGAAAGCAGAUCCUUGUGUCUACUUUGAACAUACUAACAAAGGUGUUUUCAUAUGUGCCAUAGAUGUUGACGACCUUAUAAUCUUCACCGAAGAUUAUAUCUUCUUCUGAACCGCAAAUUCAGAAGCAAGUCUAGAGGAAAUUAGAAUCGGUUUUCGACAUGAAAAACCUCGGUCCAAUAGAGAAUUGUCUAGGUAUGAAAAUCAACAGGGACGAAUAAAAUGGACAACUUUUCAUUGACCAGAGGAGCUACAUAGACAGCACGCUUCAUAAGUUUGGCAUGUCGAACUGCAACCCUGUCUCAACCCCAGUGGAGGCCAGGACCACCCUUAGGAAUGGAAUGUGAUAGUGACAAUGUGAAUUAUGGUAAGACAGUACCAUAUCAGCAAGCUAUUGGCAGUCUCCUGUAUUUUUCCCGACAUGAUUCUGCAACAGUCUCUUUAAACACGUGUCCCACGGACAGUACGUAAGAUACCAUUAACUGGUCAGUUCCGGGGAGUGAGUUCUACACACUAAUAGCUGUAUAGAAUGAUAGUGCAGUCAGUAGGUGUGUGCGCGACACAAUUACCCACAGAUCUCGGACGUGAGUCGACAAGUGCCGUACGUAAGGAGGAUCACCUGGCGGUAGAGCUGUAGCAGGACAAGGUUUAUCCCUUACCUUGAAAUGGUUUGGAGUCACAUUGGUGAGCUUAGACCACGGUUCCAGCUUAAUUACUCAUAGAACAGCACGACUCAAUCAAAGUUGCAACACUGAAGGCUCUCCUGCGACGUGAAAUGCAUGCACUCCGGACCACGGCUGUAUGCAGACUGCCGAAGAUAGGGAAUUGGUGCAAGUGGGGCGGAAGUAUCCUCUCGCGCCAAUUCUAUGCAAACAAAACUUAACUACUCAUACUUACUAUCAUAGACUAAAAGUCUUACAGUAUCACUUUAUUAUUAAAUGGCAUUGAACAUUAAUUUAACAGGUGUUAUGAUAUAUAUGAUUAUUUAUGUUAUGAAUAAUUAUUGGCUGCUAGAGUCAAACGGAAGAUUGUUCAUCACUUGCUCUGACUAUUCCACUUAAUAUUACGUACUUAAACCUUCCCCAUCAAAUAGUGCUAAAAGCGGUACUAAAAAAUAAUGUAUAAAUACUAUAAUGCCCUGAAGGGGCCACACAUCCUUACAGUACACUUCCCUUUUUGGAGUUUUUCACCAGAUUAAUAUGAUAUAUACCUUGUUUUAUCACAUAAUCGUCGCACAUUUGAUACUAAAAUCAAGUUGGAAAAGUAGGGGUUCGACGUUUAUGCGGGGGAAAAAAAUUUUUGUUAGGUAAAGUUAUUCAUAAAAACAAAACCCAUUCAUGGAAAGUACGUUUAUUUAAAAAAUGGAGUAUACAAGAGCACAACAAACAAUUUUAAGUUAAUAAGUCAUACAACAAAAACCUUUUUUCAACUUUAAAUACAAAAACAAAAUCUGUGACCCGAAUGCGAGCCUGAACGAACACAUAACUAUCGUCGUAGUACACACUUACCACAAAAGAGUGUGGGCCAUCAAAUGUAGUUAAUUCGGUACUCGACAGAAAGCGCGCGUUGCAUGCAAUCGGCGAGAUAUUGAUAUUCGACUACGUGUGUGUGCUCUAUACGGGAAGCAACAACAUAACCAAAAUGAAUGAUGCCAACUAGCACUGACUACAUUUUUGUAAGUGGUACACCGCGGCAACACAAACAAACAGAUAAAAAUGUCUUUAAAAUAAAAUUUACACAUCAGACAACUUCGUAUUUCCGUUAAAUAAAUAAGUGGUAAUGUCCGAAUUAAUAUUGUAUUCUACUUUAAAAUACAUUUUUUUCCGGGAAAAAAUACCUUCACAAAAUGCUCGGAAUCUAAUAGCGGGACCAAAAACAUCAUGCGACGAUUACGCGAGAGGUGUUUUUAUCCAAAUUUUGACGCUCUAAAAUAUAGGUGCUACAAUUAUGCACGUGUGACAAUAAUGCGCAUGCGACGAUUAUGCGAUAAAUUCUACAUUCUUACGUGGUGGGGGGAAUUCACUGAGCACUCCCUACCAUCGUCCAUGGGCCCUGCGCAGACGCUAUGCGAGGGUGCUGCCACCAGCGGGGACGGAUAUAGCGGGUUAGGCACCGGACAUGGUGACAGGAGGUAUGUCAACUUGAGAUCGUAAAAAUUCAUAAAUGAUUUGCAGAAUCGAUAAACACUACCAAAAAUAUUUUUCCUCUAGUACACAAAAACAUAAUACAUGUUUGGGCUAAAAAGGCUAAUAAAGGGUAUUUUAUACAAGUGAUUUUAAAUAACGAAUUAUGAGAAUCUGUAAAAAUAAAUGUGUGUGUGAGUACGUGAGUGUUUUUUUUUUUUUUUUUUUUUGUUAUAAAUAACCCCAUUCUUUGUUAAUUCCACUAUUAAUAAAGUUGACAUUUGCAUUGUAGUUGCCACAGAUGGCAUAGGUUAAUCAAUAGGAACUUUUAUACCUGAUCUUGUGGAGACUCGUGUAGCAGUUUUGUCGGAAGCUUUUAGCAGAGUUUGGCUGAAACUUUCCAUCAUGGCAUACUGACUUUACAAAAUAAAGUAGAAUUAUACAUAAACAUUGAAUUGAGCCUUACUUUAUUGCCAUUAUCAUUAUAUUGCAGAAUAUGAGUUACUGUUUAUGUAUGUUAGUGUGGACAUUUAAUCAUUUUUUCAAUAUAGCUACCUGACCAAAUACAGUCCUAAAUUAUCAUAGUGUGCAUUCACUUAUUCACUGUUGGAUAUAUAUAAAUGCUAACCCUUAUAAUUUUCUUUAGAUGUGCAUGGUUCAUUGCUGUGUGUUAAAAAAAUUUAAUCUGUGUAUUACUAUAGUUUUAUCACAUAUUGUUUGUGCUAUCUCUAAUGUACAUUAUAAUAGCAUAAUGUGAGGCUGGCAUUGUUUGAAACUAAAUGUAUUGUUUAAUCUCUGCCAUGAUGGAUCAGUGUAAUAUACCUAGCAGAGUUUCAAUAUUAACUGUGCUUUGAAGUCAGUAUAGUACGGGUUGAUGUACUGAGUCACUGUUUGCUAAAAGUGACAUACAGUUAUGUUAAAUAUGUUUUGUUUGUUAUAUAAUAUAUUUUUUAAUGUUGUGGGUGUAUGUUUUGUAGGUUUUAUUUAUGUUCUAUACAUAGAGACAAAAUAUGGUUCUAUUUUUGUAUGUAUUGAUUAUGAAUGAAAGGAGUACAUUUUUGAACAUAUGUACAUGAAAA